UCAACUCUACAAACACUCGUGAAUCGGAUCUAAUUACAUUUAAUUUUAUUAGUGCAGGGAUAUACACAGAUUUAUCAUAAAGGUAUAUGCAUUCGAAAUGUAGAUCCAUAAUUUUUAACACUCAGUCAUUAUCUAACUCCCAUCCAUCCCUAAUCAAGCUGAUCAUCCAUCAACUUCCUAUGUGAACAAGAAAAAUAGAUCAUCUUUCUUCCAUCCCACGAAAGCAAAUUCACAGUUUCACAUGGCAGGGACAAUUAUGGAAAUUUCAACUCUGGUGUGGGAGAAUAUCAAACAAGAUAAGUAGAAGAACUGGAACAAGAACUUCCGCGUCAAACAUGGCGUCCCUCGCCCCUUCUCAAUAAUUCUUCCCUUCGCAUAAAAGCUUUCCCUCUCCUCCUUCCUUUCUACUUUACCAAUUAUUCCCCUCACUCAACAUUUUCCGCUGUACGGCCCGGCAAUGGAUUCUCCGGGCUCGAGACCCUCCUUCUCCGACCGGAGCUACGCGCUCAGCGGGAAAAUCAUGCUGACCGCGAUCGUCGUCCUCUUCUUCGUCGUCAUCCUCAUGAUCUGCCUCCACCUCUACGCCCGCUGGUACCUCCUCCGAGCGCGCCGCCGCCAGAUGCGCCGCCGCAGCCGCCGCCAGAACCUCGUCUUCUACGUCGAUCCGGCGAACCCGAACCCAAACCCAGCCGGAGUAGAAUCUCAAGGACUGCCCGCCGCCGUCCUGAAAUCCCUCCCGGUGUUCGUCUACUCCGGCGCCGCCGCGGCGGAGUGCGCCGUCUGCCUGUCGGAAUUCGAGGAGAAGGAGGCGGGGCGGACGCUGCCGAAAUGUGCGCACAGCUUUCACACCGAGUGUAUCGACAUGUGGUUCCAUUCUCACUCCACGUGUCCGCUCUGCCGAUCGCCGGUCGAGCCUCUGCCGGCGAUCGAGAUGCUGGAGCCUUCCACGUCGGCCGGCGGGCGGAAAUCGAGGGGGGAGUUGGGGAUCGAAGUGCCGGGGAGGAAUUUCGGGGAAGGGCCGUCGUCGUCGGCGGUGGCGGAGUCGCCUGCGGGUCAGGGGUUCAGGUCGCCGAUGAGCCGGAUGCUUUCGUUUACGCGGAUUCUGAGCAGGGACUGGCGGGCGAAUAAUGGAAGCGUUCUUUCUCCGCGGUCGCCUGUCCCGACGAGCUGCGGUGGGUCGACGGCGGCAGCGGCGGCGGGUGAGCAAUUUGUUGAGGUUGAUUUGGAGCGAGGCCGCGAGGCCGCGGAGGAGACUCGGCCGAGUCCGUCGUGAGUGAGAUGAGCGGGUCGCGAGUUCCGAGUUCACGAGUUGCGUAGGCCACGUGGCGGUUUGAUUUUUUAAUUUUGGCAAGGGGGCGGCGAAUAUAUUCCAGGUUAUGGGGCGCGGCAGUCUCGAGGCGGGAAUUUUGCCGGGGAAAGAAGGGAAUGUGUAAUGUACACGUGGCAGACGGUGGAGGCCAGCGUGGAAUUUAGUUGAGGAAUGGUCUUCUUCGGUUACCGUGUUUGACUCGGAUCUAUGUAUAGGAAGAAUUAGAAAAUACGAUAGUUUUUUUUUUGUUCUGAAUUAUGGAAAAUGUUAUUUUUUCAUACAUAUAAAUCUUUAGCAAAUUU